GCAAGAAAAUCAAGAUGCAGAUGAAGAGAGGAAUGGUGAUAAGAUGCAGAUUGGAAAUCCAGAAGCAAAAGCCCAAAACAAGAAAAAGAGGCCGAGUGACAGCCAAGAUCCUGCCUCAGCAAACACAACUGAGAAGCCAUUAGAAGAAAAUAAAGAAGCAGAGGAUGAGAAAGAAGAAGAACCAUCUACUAAGGUAGAGAGUAAUGAAGACAAAGAAGAUCUUGAUCGGCGUACCAUAUUUGUUGGCAAUGUUGAUAUUAAAGCAAAACGAUCAGCAUUGCGUCUUAUUUUUAAAGAAUAUGGUGAGAUUGAGACCAUUCGAUUCCGUAAUGCUGCUGUUGCUGACCCUAACGAGUCCAAAAGAGUGGCGAUGAUUAAGAGACAUUUCCAUGAAUCACAGGUAUCCAUUAUUGCCUAUGUGAGAUUCAAAACUGAGGAAUCGGCAAUAGCUGCACUGAGUGCCAACAACAAGAUUCUCAAGGAUAGGCACCUUCAAGUUGAUCGAGCCACUGGAACCCGUAAAAUCGAUCCUAAGUGCUCCGUCUUUAUUGGAAAUCUUCCAUUUGAUGCCAACGAGGAAGAGGUUCGAGAAAUUUUUCAGGACUGUGGUGCAAUUGAGAAUGUUCGCAUUGUUCGUGACAAAGAGCUGGGCUCAGGAAAAGGAUUUGGCUAUGUUAACUUUGAGUCACCAGAUGCAGUUGAGUUGGCUCUUAAGAUAAGUGGAACCCCCCUUAGAAAGCGACAGUUGCGGGUAAAGCGCUACUUGAUGAAGGAUCAAGUGGAAAAGCGUCAGAAGAAAAUGGAAAAGAAGACGCAAGUGAAUCCCAAGAAGAUGAGGCUGAAUUUCAUGGCUAAAAACAAGCAAGGAGAGAAAAAACCACCGACAUCCUUCACCGGAGAGAAGUUCAAAGCAAAGGAGAAUAUCAAAAAGAAAAAGAAGUUCACCAAAGAUGAAAAGAAAAAGUUUGCCAUCUCAAAGAAGCUGUCAGGAAGCAACUAACAUCUGGUAUCAGGCAACAAGUGAAAUUACUCAAAUUAAGGGGAACAAUUAAGAAUGGUGGGUAUAAAAAAACGAAGUAGAACAGUGUCAUGCAUGAACAGAAAUGCAGACAUGUGCUAUAUAUAACGGGAAAAUAAAAAUUAUAUGAACAUGG